ACUGUGUUAUUUCUGGUUUGUUGCCUGCUUCUUUCUCUUUUCAUCAUUGGUGUUGCUGCUAACGUUGUUGUCUGCAUAACAUUGACUAGCGGAUGUCGUUUGAAAAGACACCUGCCAAACUUUAUGCUUUUCCAUCUCUCGGUCACAGACAUGGUAUUUCUACUUAUAGUUCUACCUUCCUAUCUUAUAGCCGCAAUUUCCCCGGUGGAAAGUAAGGAUUUAAUUUGUAAAACCAGCCAGACUCUACUUUCCUUGGUACACGCAGUAAUUUUCACUAGUUUGGUGGUGAUCGCAUUGGACAGACAUCAUGCUAUAACGAAACCAUUUCAAAGGCUGAGACAUAAACCAAAUUUCUUGAUAUGCAUUACGGCGGUUUGGGGAUAUUCCAUAGUUUGCGCAUUUCCGCACAUAUUCACCGAAAAGAUCACUACAUUCAUUGGGUCAAACAACACUUAUUACAAUCACCGGGGAGUCAAUAUAACCGUUCUCUACCUUAUGUGUGCGCCUCUAUCUACUUUCAAGGAUUCAAUCAAUCAAAAGAUAAUAACAACUGCCUAUUUUACUCUGGGAUUCCUGUUACCACUGGUAAUUUUGACGGUGGCAUACUCUAGCAUUGCUGUUUUUCUGAGGAGGAAAAGUCGUAAUGGGAUUACCAGUCAAGCGGCUCUGAAAUCAAAAGAAAAGGCAUUACGCAUGCUCAUUUUAAUGGUUCUAGGAUUUGUUGUUUGCAUGGGAACUCCUCUACUGCACGAUUUGAUGAUAGCGUUCGGCUACGGCACCACUGCAUUAUCCAUUUUCGCGUUCAUACCUCAGUUGUCAAGUUCCCUCGUUAAUUUUUUAAUUUAUGGGUUCUACUCUGCUGAAUUCAGCAAGGACUCACAUGUUUAG